AUGGCCUCUGCAGUACAGUCACUGCGGCUAUGUCUGCGCACUCUGAGCAGGCAAGCCCCAAUACCCCGAAAUACUGCCCCACGGAUAUGCAUUUCUCCUCGACCCUUCUCCUCGACCCCUAUGCAAUGGCGUCCCGCGGCCGGGAAGGACGAGAUCGAUGAGCUGGUAGACGACGAGGACAUGAACGACGAUGACGGCGGCGCCGACGCAGCCGAGAUGGAGCGCGUCCUGCGUGGCAUGGGAAGGGGCCGAGACAGCGAACUGGAGAACGUGACCCAGAUGAACGAACGAAUCCUAAACGACGCGGGUGAAGUCACCUCGGCCGCGCUGCGAGCCCCAAAGCUCAACAGGAGCCGCUCGUUCUGGAACGAAGACGAGGAUGACACCGACCUGAUCACCGACGAGAUGGACGAGGACGAGUUCGACGAGGAUGAUAUCAUGAGCAUGGCUCACGGCAAGCUCGAGGAGUUCCGCGAAUACAGAGAGUUUGCCCGCAUCGCAGCUUGGCAGAUGCCGCUUCUGUCGAAACUGGCGAGACCAUUCGAAGCCCCUACAGCGCAAGAGCCUCUACGAUUCCGAUACACUAGUUAUAUGGGAGAGUUUCAUCCGGCAGAGAAGAAGGUCGUCGUCGAGUUCUCGCCGCGCGACAUGCCGCUCAACGAAGCGCAACAGCUGAAGCUGAAGAAGCUUCUGGGACCCCGGUUCAACCCCGAGACCGAGAUCGCCAAGAUGAGCUGUGAGCAGUUUGAGCAUCAGGCCCAGAACAAGCGAUACCUUGGUGAUCUGGUAGAUAGUCUGGUCGCACAAGCGAAGGACUCGAGCGAUAUGUUUGACGAUGUCCCAUUAGACACACGGCAUCACAAGUUCAAGGUCAAGCCCAAGUUCCCGAAGGAAUGGCGCUUGACGGAGGAACGGAAGAAGUUGAUCGAGGACACGAGACAGAAGUCCCUAUUACUCGACCAGGCGAAGGAGGAGGAAGGCAAGCUGAUCAACGGCACCGAGAAGAUCGAGCUGUUCUUCAACCCUCCCGCUCCCGAGCUCAAGGUCCCCGAGUACGUCAAGGCCAGGACGCUGCAACAACAACCACCCAAACUCGACCGAUUUGCCAGGCGAUAG